AUGGAAGGGGGAAGCACCGCGGACGGCUGCCAGACGGCCCAGCCCGCUGGAUUUCAUUACCAGGGCCACCCCAACCCCCAACGUGACAGCUUCGCCGUGAGCGCUGCCUGGGCUCGGAAGGGCAUCGAGGAGUGGAUCGGGAGGCAGCGCUGCCCAGGUGGUGUCUCAGGACCCCGACAGCUGCGGUUGGCGGGCACCGUUGGUCGAGGCACCCGGGAGCUCGUGGGCGAGGUGCUCAGAGACGCGCUCAGCGAGGAGGAGGAGGAGGACUUCCGUCUAGAAGUGGCCCUGCCGCCCGAGAAGACCGACAGCCCAGGCCCRGGCCCAGGCCCAGGCGGCGGAGACGGGAAGAGGCUGGAGAGGGGGAGCGAAUCCUGCCCGGGCUCCAAGAAGCAGCUCAAGUUCGAAGAGCUACAGUGUGAUGUGUCCGUGGAGGAGGACAGCCGGCAGGAGUGGACCUUCACCCUGUAUGACUUUGACAACAAUGGCAAGGUCACCCGCGAGGACAUCACCAGCCUGCUGCACACCAUCUACGAGGUGGUCGACUCCUCCGUCAACCACUCCCCGGCCUCCAGCAAGACGCUGCGGGUGAAGCUCACCGUGGCCCCCGAUGGGAGCCAGAGCAAGAGGAACACCCUCCUCAGUCAAGCYGACCUGCAGAGCACCAGGCCCAGAGCAGAGACCAAGCCGGCCGAAGAGCUGCGGAGCUGGGAGAAGAGGCAGCGAGCGCCCCUCAGGUUCCAGGGUGACAGCCGCCCGGAGCAGGCCGGCUGCUACCACCAUUGCGUGGACGAGAACAUCGAGAGGAGAAACCACUACCUGGACCUGGCAGGGAUAGAGAACUACACAUCCCAGUUUGGGCCUGGCUCCCCGUCUGCGGUCCCGAAGUCAGAACUGCCCCCCCGCACCUGCAACCCCGCUCGGUCUCGCUCCCAYGAGCCAGAAGCCGUCCACGUCCCACACCGGAAGCCCCAAGGCGCGGACCCAGGCUCCUUCCACCUCCUGGACACCCCGUUCUCCAAGGUCUCCGAGCUCCAGCAGCGGCUCCGGGGCGCCCAGGAYGGGAGCAAGCACUUUGUGAGAUCCCCCAAGGCUCAGGGCAAGAGCGUGGGUGCGGGCCACGUGGCCAGAGGAGCAAGAAGCAAGCCCCCUCUGGCGCCUGCUGUCCCCGUGGUGUCCCCCUCGGCCCACCCGGCCACCAGUCCAGCCCUCCUCCCCACCCUGGCGCCCCUCGGGCACAAGAAGCACAAGCACCGAGCCAAGGAGAGCCAGCCGGGCUGCCGGGGCCUGCAGGCGCCGCUGGGCGCAGGCUCGGUCCUGGGGCGGGAGCACGUGAGGGAGCUGCCCGCYGUGGUGGUGUACGAGAGCCCGGCCGGGCAGGUCCAGAGACACGAGCACCACCACCACCACGAACAUCACCACCACUACCACCACUUCUACCAGACCUAGGCCCAGGCCCCUCCCCGAGGCGCGAUCCUAUUAAUUAUUGUUAUGAUGACGACGAUUGUUAUUAAUAAUUAUUGCUACUCCACUAAUAUCUAGCUAGCCUUCCUGUAGAAGAUCCAUGGAAACA